UGCUAAGCAAACAGUUAAAUUUUAAAAGCGCGGUUAUAAGAUCUAGCAGAUCUUCUUGUUUACGAAAGAUUUCGCAAGUAAAUAUCUCAGUCCCUCUUUCGUAUUUCCCCGGAUAGGAUCUGAUCGCAGAUUAGGUGCAAGCCAGUUAAUGAAAUGUGAAGACUCAAAUACCGGUUUGCCAGACAAUAUUUUUUUCUUCCAUUUUAAACACAGAACUGACAGCGACAACGCCAACUUCUAUAGAGAGUAGCAGCACAGAAAUGCCAUCCUCAGAGGGUACCUCAGGACCUUCGCCAAUAAAGCCUAUAACCGAAGAUGUGAACGGUGAACGCAAGACGGAUUUUACUCUCGAAAUUCGUAUCUCCGAAGAAUGGGACGAUCGAUUAGGUGACACAAGCAGUAAGAAAUUUAAAGAACUGGCAAACCGGAUGCAGCAACAGAUUCGGAAGGCUUACUCUGGAGGCCCUGAACUGAAAGAAGUUAAGAUAAUUUCUAUGAGAAAGGGCAGUAUAAUCGCAGUAUUUCAACUGACAUUUAAAGUAAAAGUUACUGCAGAAGUGGCCUUAAAUCCACUGAAAGAAGAAACAGCCGAUGGUAGACUAGGAAGUUUGAAAGUAGACCCAGGCUCUCUCAAGGAAACUGACGCCAAGAAAGCUGACGAUGAUGAUGAUGAUAGAGAUGAGAAACCUAGUAUCAACAAGCCAGUCAUUAUUGGUGCUUCUAUUGGUGGUUUCGUAGUUGUUGCCGUUCUCAUGAUUGGUCUCUACGUCUCCUGCAAACGUAUUCGACUAUCUCACGGCAGCGUUGGCGAUGGAGAUGGAAUGCCUAACGAUGACUAUUGCGAGAAAUACGAACUGAAACCGACAGAAGAUGAAAAAGGAAACGUUCUGUGGAUGGAAGAGAAUGGAUUCAACAACGAAGGAGCGGAAUAGACCAGGCUUUCAUUCCUUCAAACAUGUGCGUUCAUAAUACAUACAACAGUACUUCAUGAUCUUUCUUAACUAAACGUUACACGCUCACGGGUAACUCACUGGUGUUGUUUGUUGUUAGCGAUUUUUGCUUUGUUUUGUGAUAAAGAGGUCAUGCCCAUAGAUUCUGUCCAUCGUUGUAUUCUACAACUUAAAUGAUUUUCCUCCUCUUUCUCAAAAUGCAUGUGGUUGCUCCUGUACCUCCGGUGUUCUUGUGAAGAUACCCGUUUAACCUGAGGUAGUUAGUCACAAAUUAAGCAUUUCGUUUUAUUUUUGCUUUUUAUUAUUAUUAUUAUUUUCUUGUUUGUUUAUCUCACUCCAUUGACUGUGUUUUAGCGUAUCAUUCCCUAUACCUCUUACCAGUGUUAUCAGUUAAAUAGAUCAUACUAAAACCAAUUUCCUUUUUUUUUUCGAUGUUGAGAAAGUAAAUGUGCACUGUUUGCUGUUUGGGAAAAAGAGAUAACGAUAAGGGAAGUUGAACCGGAAACGGAAUAUGGAACACGACUUUACCUUUUUGAAAUUCUUUAUGUGUUCUUUUCUUUGAUUAACGACUUUGAAAAGUAAUUGUUUCCAGACGCAUUUUCUCGGCCUUCAGCACUUAACACCAGUGCAAGGGACUUGCUCUCUGCAGGUAUGAGAUCCUGGUAGAGUCAACAAUGUGGAAGGCUGCUUUCGUCUGACGCUAGCUUUUGUAUAGAUGUAAAGGCGAAUAUAGUUAGUUUUGAAAGAUAAACAUAGUGUUAUUAACCAUAAAUUACAGGAACAGUUAGAUUCCUCGUUAGAUUAACUGUCCAGGAACCUUGCAAAAUAGAGAGAAAAGAAAAGAGAAUAUAAUACAAAAAAAGACAUUUGCAUAGAUCACAGUAUCGAGUAAACAUAAAUCAUCAAUGUGUAUUUUUAUUUUUAAUCCUGGUUAGCAAACUGGCCAGAUUAGAGAUUAGAAUGGUAACUACCCAAAGCAAGGUUCACCUGAAAUAUUUUGCAAAUGUUUCUGAAACUCUUGCUUUUUUUUAUCUUAUGAUGGUGAUGACGAUUUUUAUUUUUAAUUAUUUGUUUUAAGUCCCACGGGCUUAGUUUGUUAUUAUUCGAUUUCGUUACUCCUCAUUUUGAAGAGAUGUUAUUUCAUUGUCUUGUUUAUAACCUUAGGUAAGAUAGCAUUGUUGUUCUUUAAAGGCGGAUUUAGACGGUAUGACAUUUGUUUGCGACUUUCGCAUACAACCUCUGAAUCGCGCGCCGCUCAUGCCUUGCAAAACCUCAUCCAAAACUGAUGCCUAUGCCGGCCUUACCAUUGUCGCAUGGUUUUGAAACAAUUUUGAAAAUCCCACGAUAUUUAACAAACCAUGCGUGGUAAGUUGUAGGUUCAAUUUUCACAACACAAUUUCUGUCAUGGGCUUCUCGCAGGCUUAACUUGUCGAAUACACUAAAGUAAUACCGCCUAAACCGGCCUUCAAAGAAUAGAACUGAAGCCAAACAUAAUCAACAGAAAAAGCACUGUGGUAAUUAUGCGAUCUGAGGCCCACAGCUUGGCUCUAUCCGUAAUGUGUUUAGUAUUCAGGGUUUGCGUUGUAACACCGUUAUAAAUUACUACAUCUGAUUCAGCCAUUAUAAUUUUACUUCGCCUUUUUUAGACUGCUGUGUUUGCUGAAUAAAAUGGCCUUUUCAUGAUA